GUUCUUCACGAGUCGUCUACUAGUCUUUUGUUUAAGCAGCGUGCAAAACAACUGUUAAUCAUAACCAAUGGGCGACAACGCAGAAACGCAGCCAAACCCUGAUGACCAGAACGACGAGGCCGCGGUGUCGCCGUUUUCCAAAGAGGCUUAUGUGUGUGACAGACAGUACGCCAUCGUUCUUGCACAAUUGAUUUCGGUCAACGAACGCGAAAAAGUGUACAAGUGGAUAGAGAGGCUGGACAAGAUGACGGAAUGCGACGAGGUGCUGGAAGAACGAGCCAUGUACCUGAGGUUCUUGACGCUGUCGCUGAAAAACGGCAAGCUGGUGUCGCCUUUUACCAAACUACCGCCACCCAGUUUGCGGCCCCUGAGCGUGGUCAUGCCUAGAUCAGUGCACAAUUUGGUGUUCAAAGAGAAACUUGCCACCGGCGCCGACUGUCCCCCUACCGAGGAUACCACGACCAAAAGAUAUUGCCCACCUGACGAAAUCGAGCCGAAGUUGUUCUUCAGCAGGCAGCCUAUGCCGCGAAACGGAGUCCUUUCGUAUGCCGCCGCGUUUAGCACAAAAUAA